CCUUUGUGAUAAACACUAGCACUGGCAACACCACCACCAAAGUGCCAUUAACAAAAGCCAGAUAGAAAAGUUUUCCUUCCAAACGUACCCCAGCUGUCCUCUCUAUCUCCACCUCAAACCAAACUUCGGCGGCCCGGCCUCGCCAAAUUCCGGCCAAGAUUUCAUUCACAUCGGCCCUUUGACCACAAAGAUAUGUGGCGUAUGGUGUCUUCAGUGAGCCGCAACCUCCAAAACAUGAAGAAGAGUCCACGAGUAGCUGAUGAGAGCAUGUUCGCCGGAGGAAAUGGAGCUGAGCUUCCAAUCUAUGCGCGCGAUAUGGAAAGAAGACGACACGGGUGGAACGGGUUUUCUUUUAUAUACACUGUUCUCCGUGCUCCGAUUGCGAUUCUCUCCUGCUUCUCUCACCCACAUGUUAAUGGCGCUGAUGGGGUGUGGGUUUCCGGCGAGUUUGCGCAGCUUUCGGAGAUGAAUCAUCUUAUGGUAAGCGACAGCAUGCGCUAUGCAAUAUUAAUGUAAAAAUUACAGCCACCAUUAUUGCUUUCUGGGUGCUCUUGGAAGUUAAAGGACUUGGGUUUUCGAUCUUCUUUUUAGUAGAAAAGUGAUUUGCAUGGAUAUAUAUAUAUAUAACGGCAGAAAUAACCUAGCUUAUGGUGAUCGAUCCGGCCAUGUAAAAAUACUUCUUUUUUUUUUUGGGUACCAAUGAUAUAUAUAUGAUUUUGAUACGAAGUGCAUGCUUUCUACAUCCAUGUAUGAAUAUUGGAGACCUUCGAUUUGUAAAUAUAUAUGGCUUUUUGAUCUA